AUGGCCCAUUCUUCGGAUGAUCAAGAUGGAGAUCACGCAGAGCAAAGCCUUGAGCUGGACGACAUCUUGGACUCCAAGAAGGGCUCCAAGACCUCUGAUAGCCGCCCCAACACCGCCGAGAACGGCUGGGAAAAGUCGGUGGUGCGGAUCUUGGGGCUGCUGGAGGAGCAUUCCAAGUUCAAGAAAACCGCCUUCCGUUCACGGCGCCGAUUCUUUAACAACCUCUUCUUGUCCGCUCGCCUGGGCAUGUGGAUGGUGAUCUUGUCCGGGCCGGUGAUCGUAUGGCCCGUGGCACAGUAUUUCAACGACUUUGGGGACCGAAGUAGCAAAUAUAUGGCCAGCUAUGGAAUGGCAAUGUCCAACUUUUGCUUCUUGCUCUCGCCCAACGUGGGCAUGGGAAUUCGCUAUGCCCUAGAGGGUGUGAUUGGAACACUGCUGGCGCUGGCAAACAUGCUGAUGCUCAACCAAGCCUUCGGAACUUUCAUGCAUGGAGGUGCCUAUGCGACCAGGGAGGAGUUCACGGAUACAGCUGCAAACAUGGUGAUUUACAGGUCUGAGUGGCUUCCACUCUGCAACCUUGGCAAUGGAGCUCGUUUUAUCACCACCAACUCCACCUCGGAAUUCAUGCAGCAAUGCUUCCUGAACGUGCACUGGUCCUCUAUGACCGAUGGAGGCGUUCGAUCCGCCAUUGUCUUGGUGGACCUGGCGCUGUUCACGGCCCUGUUUCUGGGCUUUGGCUUCGGAGCCUCCACCAGGAUCUACGCCUUGACCUACCUCACGUUCUGGCUCAUGCUCUUUGUGAAUCCGGGCUCGGAUGCCUACAUGGAGAAUCCUUCGGACCCCUGGACUCAGUCCAUCAUGACCUGCAUCGGCUGCAUGUUGGCGGUGGUGGGGCAAUUUCUGCCCUGUCCCAACACGGCCCUGGGCAAUGCCACGAAGCUCGGCCGUGAGCUCACGCAGUCCGUGGCGGCCAUCCUGGAGAGCCUGCCGUUUGCACCUCGUCACGAGACCCGCGUACCUCUGGAGUCGGCCUUGGAGGCACCCCAGCUGUGGCUGAAUGAUCUGGGGCAGCUCUGUGGGGCGGCCUGGUUUGAGGACCUGGGCAUUCUCCCGGGCCGUGCGCGGCGACGUCAUCGCCUGGAGCAAUACGUGGAGCUGCAGGCGGCCCUGCUGCAGCACAUGACCUUGGCGUCGCGCCUGGGGGCUGCGUUGACGGAUGAGGAGCUGACGAAACUCGAAGAGAAGUUGCCCGCGCUGGUGGACGUUUGUGCUUAUGCCGCUCGAGCACUUCCUGCACCAGAAGCUAAGGUUGACCCAGACGUCUUGGAGGAUCUAGACCGGGCCAUCAAGGACCUGGAGCGGGAAUUUUCCGCGGCCGUAGGCAAGUUUUCCCUGACAGGGCCCAUCUUGAGCUUCACGCUGGCGGUCAUCUCCAUCGCAUCAGGUGCUGUGGAACGAGUGAAGGUCUUGGAGAAGUCGCUGCCGCCCGCCGAAUCGGGACUCUGCAGGGUUUGCAGGUGGUUUUCGGAACUCUUUCGAAGACUGGAACUGCCACAGACCAGAAGCAAUCCCUCCCACAAGCUCUUCGUCUUUCGCAGCACCUUGGCCAUGGUCCUGGCCUUUCUCUUCGGUUGGGUGGGCCUUGAGCGGGCGAUGGUGGCCUACAGCUUCGGCGCGGUGGUCACCGUCUCGGUAGUGGUGGCGAACACCGGGCAGGCGGGCUUCUCCUUGGGCCUCAUCAUGACGCGCUUAAACAGCGCCGUGAUUGGCACCGUGAUCGGGCAAGCGGUGCAACAAGUCUUGGCGGUCCAAACGGUCUUUCAUGCAACUCUCUUUGGCAUCUUCAUCUGGUGCUACAGUGUUUUUCUGAUUUUUCAGAUCCUGCACUCACCAGAUCAUGCUUCAACGGCCUUGCCGGUUCUGGCCAUCGGCAUUGGAGGCCUGGUUCCAGGCAAUGGGGUCUUUCGUGUCUACAACGCUCAGAUCGAGCCAUCAGCCGAGAUUGCACUGGCAGCCAGUGUGAAGAGUGCUGUCUUUGGUGGUGGAAUCAUGUUGCUCAUCGACCUGUUCCUCUACUCUAGUGCAAGAGGUAUCUGUCAAAAUCAGCUGCGAAAGGCUUUUCAAAAGUCCGAGGGCUUGUUGCUCCGGGUCAUGGGCUUAAGAGCUUCCACCAGUGCGGCGAAUGCCGAUGGAUCUUCCAAUGAAGAAACCCGGGUACUGAUGCACUUGGAUCAGGUGGCCAACUUGUUACCCAUGGCGAAGAAGGAGCCUGCACCUCGUGGCAUUGAGUUUCCCAUGUUGCUCUUCAGCACACUGGAACAGUCCUUGCGGAUCAUCGCUAUCGAACUGGGCACACUCGAGUGGAUGUUGGAAGUCUCAUCCAAUACAGCUUUGGUUGGACAGGAAGAGUUGGGCCCGCUGCUCACUGAGAUUGAAGGCUACCUUAGCAAGAUGAUGUCCUCCUCUCUGGUGAUGUUCGAUGACAUUUGCAAGCGCAAGUUCCUCAGUGCGGCCGCUGCCGGCGACCUGAUCUCAGAAGCUUCCAGCCUUCGUCGCGACAUUUUGGACAAGGAAUACACGCGCAUCUCCACAACCAACGCGAAGAUCGAAACGCCCAAGGCACAGACACGACGUUUGUCGAAUCUGGCGCAGGUGGCAGCUAGGAGGAACUCAACGUCAGGUACCACACACAACUUCCAAAAUUUGAUCCAACAGAUUCGGGAAAAGGCCAAGGAAAAUCGUGGCCUGUUGCCCACCUCUGAUCUUUAUGCUCAAGUGGAGCUGUUAGUUUCCGUCUUGGCCACCGUCAGCAGACACGCCCAGACGAUUCAAAUCACCUUAGCCCAGUAUGGCUAG